GCCAAAUGCAGAUAUUGUCCUACUACUACUAUUGCUAUAUCAUCAAUGGGAAAACAAGCACUCAAGAACGGGAAGUCAUUUAAAAGGCAAGAAGCACAUACAGGCGCAUCUAUGGCCCGGUCUGCUAAUUUGAAGUCUUUCUUGAAGAGUAGCACCGUUACUUCAGCCACAGAUGACCAAUCGUCAAUAAAGCCCACAUCAAGAGUUGAAGAAUUUGCGACUAUGUUGCCUGGGCCGUCUUCUUCAGGGUCAUCUAGGACAAUCUUAGAUGCACCAAGCACCUCCACAGCUACUGUUGCUAUUGAAACCAACUAUGAUGUAGGCCUAGACACAGUGUUAAAAAGUUCAGCCAUUCAAAAAGGAACCAUUCCAUAUCAACAGAGAUAAGUUGCACUUGGCAAGGCAAGUAAAAAAAGGAAAAGCAGGUGAUUCACUGUUCACAAAAAACCUAUUGACACUUCUUUGGGAGCCUGAAGUCUUGGAGAAUAGGAGUGUUACUGGCAGAAAAUGUAACGCCCUCAAGGACGCCGAGGCAAAACAACGUUUAACUCCACAAAAAAUGGACAGAUUAAAGAAACUUUUUCAAGAAAGGUUGUAUGACGAGGACCCAACCAUAUCCACCAAUGAAGUGGAAUUACGCACUGCAGCCAUUAAUCAAUAUGUGAGUCAAAAGAUAUUCACUCUCAACAGAAGCCACUCAACUGGACUAAAGCCCCGAGAACCUCUGGAGACAAAUAUUUCAAAGCGAUCAACCGAUGCCUAGGAUAUUACUUAUCAAUCUGCAGACAGUUUAUGUUUGC